GAGCUUUUUCACUCUUGAGCUCAUUCAUUCUCGAGCUCUUUCAUUCUUAAGCUCUUCUUUAUCCCUCAGAUAAGAUAAACUAAGCAUAUUAUCCGUCAUGUCUUACAAAAUUAUCGAUACCCACCGCAUCAAGGAGUUGGUGGUUUUCACCCUCCAGUUUCAGUUGCCGUUAUCGUACACUUCUGCCAGCGCCACGAUCCCGGUGGUGGCGCGACUUGUGCGCAAGUACGAACCUUCCAGAGCUUCUCCGUCGCAGCAGCCAACUGCUGCCUCUUUCCCAGAAUCGCUUGAAGCGCUGGACGUAGUUGUGUACUUGCAAGGGGGGCCGGGGUUCCCUUGUGCCCCGGUUUUGUCAAACUCCAGUAUCACCAAGGAGCUCAUUGACCGUGGAUUUGACAUUUUGUAUGUCGAUCAGAGAGGUACCGGUUUGUCGCAUCCGAUCGAAGCUGACUUGUUGCAAGACUACGUUAAAGACACCUCUACUGAGGCCCAGCUCGCAUAUUUGAUGCAUUUCAGAGCCGAUAACAUUGUCCACGACUGCGAAGCUAUCAGGUCCCAGCUUGGAAUCAACAAAUGGUCAUUAUUGGGUCAGUCUUACGGGGGGUUCUGCUCCGUUACCUACUUGUCCAUGUUCCCACAGGCAUUGAAGCAGGUGUUGAUCACUGGGGGUAUUCCACCUAUCAAUACCACUGUAGAUGAGGUCUACACCAGAACAUACCUCAGAACUUCCGAGAGGAACGAGCGCUUUUACGAAAAGUUCCCUCAGAAUGUGGAAAAGGUGAAGCAGAUCGCGGAAUAUCUUGCUAGCCACACUGUCACCUUACCAAACGGGGGUAACUUGUCAGUAGAGCGGUUCCAGCAGCUUGGGAUCAUGUUUGGUGCUACCGGAGGCACUGACAAACUCCACCAGCUCGUGAUGAAGUUUGCGUACGACUUGGACACGUUCGGAAAGCCGACCCAUAGUACGCUUCUCGCGGUGGAGGCGUCCCAUUCGUUCGACUCCAACGUCAUCUACGCCUUAUUCCAGGAGGCGAUCUACAUGGACGGAAAUUUUCCUACCGGUGCCUCUGACUGGGCAGCAGACAGAUUAAGAGCCGGGAAAUAUGUCUACUCUGCUAAAUCCCCGCUCUUUUUCACCGGUGAGAUGGUCUUCAAGUCCAUGUUCGACGACUACGUUGAGUUGCGCAAGUUGAAGCUGUUGGUCUACGCCAUCCACGCUAAUACUAAAUGGUCUAAGCUCUACGAUGUAGCGGUCUUGAAGACGCUCCGUAACCAAGGAGAGGGUGAAAACGUGGUUCCGGUGGCUGCUGCCACAUACUUCCAUGACCAAUAUGUUGACUUUGAGGUGUCUAUGCGCUCCAAGGCUUUAAUCGGGGGUAUAAGACAGUAUAUAACUUCCGAGUUCUUCCAUAACGGACUCAGGGACGAUCCAAAGAAGAUUUUGGACCAUUUGUUUAUGCUUGUGAGCGGUGAGGUUGAAUAAGCAUGUUAUAAGGUGUGUUACACAAUGAAUUUGUAAAACUUAUGCGGCUUAAGUAGCUAUUAUAUGCCUUUAUAUACGUAUACCUAUUCCU